AUGAAACCGUUGAGAUCUUCAAAGCCGAGCAUGCGCUCAAUAGGAAAUAUGUUGACCGAAAUGAGAGCAUUGGGGCUCACGUGCUGUUGUCAAAUGAGCCGAUGGUUGUACUGGAUGUUACAAAGGUGUGUAACAAUCAAAGUCAUGUGCAGACCGACGCUAAUAAUUCCCCAGGACUGGCGAUUAAAAGGGAACCCGCUAGUUAAGAGCGCACCGUAUAUUCGAUUUUACGCUGGUGCCCCAAUUAUCACUUUUGACGGGCGAACUAUCGGAGCAUUUUCGGUAUUCGAUGAUACGCCACGGGAUUCCUUCGGCGUUGGUGAGAGGCGAAAGCUGAUGGAUUUCGCUAGACUUGCCAUGACUGAGAUCGAGAAUGUUAUGGAGGAACGUGAUAUGCUUAGUCGACGGACUCCCACACCCAUCAUUGAUCUGCGAGUAUUGCAUGAGCAAGAUAAACAAUCACUUGUGGGUGAUUGGCCUAAGACUUCGAGGGAUGGAACUCCUGUAUCUCCAAAGUCCUCUUCUCCCAAGCUUGCCCAGAACCCAGCGAGCUCAAGAACAGCUCGGAAGCGUGAUGCCCCGACACCAGUAAACCGACCAGCAGCCAUUCGCCCUGGGGGAAGGCUCCCAACUAUCAACAUCCCAGUAGAGCCCGAGGAUGCUAGAAAUAGCAGGACUUCUGCCAAGAUCUCUGAUAUGCCUACUCCCCCGCAUACUCCCAGCAGACCUUUCUCCUUCACUACCAACAACUCGCGUCCUUUGAGCCUUACUGCUCCUCCGGGUUCGGUUGAUGUGGCUUCCUCUCCAGAUUCCCCAGAGGGCUGGUCUGCCGACCGCCGGGCGCAUUACAAGCAGCGAAAACCUCCGCCAAUCCAGACACCUGGGCCACGAGAGGUUCCACUUCACAUACCGUUUUCCUCUGGGCCAAUUACAUCUUUGGCUGAGUCUUCUUUUGCUACUUCCAUCAUUGCCCGAUCAUUAAACUACGAUUUUGUCUAUCUUCUUCGAGUGUCUCCAGUCACUUCGCAAGAGCCCAGGAUCCUUCCAUUCGAGCAAGAAUACGCUGGUGAUAACUUUCACACCAAGGUUCUUGUCGCACAUGGACUUCCUAACCCUCUUCCUGUCUUUGAUGCGAAUCUGCAUUUGCGAGCGCUUCGAAGUGUGGGAGGACUUGUUUACCAAAACCCCGCCAAGUCUCAGGAUGAGGACGAUGUUGGAUUCAGUUCGGGCAUACUGCUGCCUCUAUUGAGAGAUGGGAUUGACAAUAGCCCGGAUGAGGGCUACUCUUCAGCCACUACUACGAUCGGGGGAGGAUUCCAACAGAGCGAGACAACCUGCACUGGUGGAAUAGUAUUGGCAGCAUUCACCCGCAAAGAUGAGGGAGACCACCGGCCGCCUUUCACGGCGGAUGAAGUCCGAUGUCUUCGGGAAUUUGGAGAAGCAAUGAAGGAUAUUCUCCUUCGAGUCGAUCGAAAGUUUUAAACUUAUUUGUCUACCCGGGCGAAUUUUAUCCGAUCCGGAGACAUGUACACAAUACCGUUAUCAUUUCCCUUUGUUUAUCGACUUUAUCGGAAUUCCUGGAGUUUGGGGGAUAAUUGUGUUUUAUUUUCCGACCUGAUUUUGAUUUGAUGUCUUUCUUGUAUAAUCUUUCCUAACCCUCUGGCUGAGUGCGUCUUCGUUUAUCAUACUAUUUAUUUCCUUUUGUGGGGUCCUUUGGGGUGGAAAAAGGAAGGGAUUGGGGGUCUCAUGCAUGCUUUGGGUUUCUUUUGUUGAUAUCUCGCAUCUAUCUAUCUAUCUGUCUGUCUACCCGGUCUGGGACAAUAGGGGAAACUAUUCUUUUUGUUUGGUGGUGCGCUGGGUUCCAUCUAUAUUAACAUUUUACUUUUUGGCGGGGAAAAUGGAUAGGGCUCUCUUGGCUAUCUUGGAGUUUUUUUCCUUUUCCUUUUCCUUUCCCUUUACUUUUUUU